AUGCUUCACUCAAUCAAAACGGUUUUAACCAAUCCCCAAGUUUCAUUCCCACGCUCUCUCUCUGCAAACCUUGGUCGGGAAGCUUCACCAGUAAGAUUAUUCUGCACCAAACCUGAUAGCAACAGUACUGCUCAUAAGAUGGACAAGAAUCAGGAACCUAGCGAGGAAACUACACAUGGAGAUGUGAUGUCCCAUUCGUUUGGGGAAGGGUACGCUACGAGGUGUGAUGAAGAAGGGUUUGGCGGAAUUUAUAGUGGAAACCAAUCCAUCCCUAAGACUGAGAGGGACAUACAUGAAAAUCACCCAGAUUAUGACAAGACGCAGGGAAGUGCGGUGAAGGAGAAGGAAAAAGCGAGGCACCAGCCCAGUGCCAACGCUUGA